AGCAGCCGGAGCCCGGGAGAGGCGCUGAGGGAGGCGGCACCGAGCCCAGCCCGGCCCGGCCCGGCCCGGCCCGGCGACCCGCUCCGCACCGGGGGCACGGCCGGCCCCGCCCCGCCCCGCGCUCGCUGCGGCCCGGCCCGGGGCUCCCGAGCAGGCGGGGCCCAGGCGGCCUCGGCUCCCCGACCCCUGCCAUCUUAGCGGCCGAGCCCGAGCCCGGCCCCGGGCCGCCUGCCGAGCCGAGCCGAGCCGAGCCGAGCCGACGGAGGUAAUCCAUGCUGAAAAGGCCCCAUUCAUACAGAUGAACCAAGAGUUGAGGCAGCACUUUCAACCCAGAUAGUCAGUCGGCCAUCUGCCCAGCAGGAUGCCAUCAACCAGCCGAGCGGGCAGCCUGAAGGACCCAGAAAUUGCAGAGCUCUUCUUCAAAGAAGAUCCAGAAAAACUCUUCACAGAUCUCCGAGAGAUUGGCCAUGGAAGCUUUGGAGCAGUUUAUUUUGCACGUGAUGUGCGCACCAAUGAAGUGGUGGCCAUCAAGAAAAUGUCAUAUAGUGGGAAGCAAUCCAAUGAGAAAUGGCAGGAUAUUAUUAAGGAAGUCAAGUUUCUACAAAGAAUAAAACAUCCUAACAGUAUAGAAUACAAAGGCUGCUAUUUGCGUGAGCAUACAGCAUGGCUUGUUAUGGAAUAUUGUUUAGGAUCGGCAUCAGACUUACUAGAAGUUCAUAAAAAGCCAUUGCAAGAGGUGGAAAUAGCAGCAAUUACCCAUGGUGCUCUCCAGGGACUAGCAUACUUACAUUCUCACAAUAUGAUCCAUCGAGAUAUCAAGGCAGGAAACAUCCUGCUGACAGAGCCAGGCCAGGUGAAGCUUGCUGACUUUGGAUCUGCUUCCAUAGCAUCUCCUGCCAAUUCGUUUGUGGGGACGCCAUAUUGGAUGGCCCCAGAAGUAAUUUUAGCCAUGGAUGAAGGGCAGUAUGAUGGCAAAGUAGAUGUUUGGUCUCUUGGAAUAACAUGUAUUGAAUUAGCGGAAAGGAAGCCUCCUUUGUUUAAUAUGAACGCAAUGAGUGCCUUAUAUCACAUAGCGCAGAAUGAAUCCCCUACACUACAGUCUAAUGAAUGGUCUGAUUAUUUUCGAAACUUCGUAGAUUCUUGCCUCCAGAAAAUUCCUCAAGACAGGCCUACAUCAGAGGAGCUUCUGAAGCACAUGUUUGUUCUUCGGGAGCGGCCUGAAACAGUGUUAAUAGACCUGAUUCAGAGAACAAAGGAUGCAGUAAGAGAACUGGACAAUCUGCAGUAUCGCAAAAUGAAGAAACUCCUUUUCCAGGAGGCACACAAUGGGCCUGCAGUAGAAGCACAGGAAGAGGAGGAGGAGCAAGACCAUGGCGUUGGCAGGACAGGAACAGUGAACAGUGUUGGAAGUAAUCAGUCCAUUCCCAGUAUGUCCAUCAGUGCCAGUAGCCAAAGCAGUAGUGUUAACAGUCUUCCAGAUGCCUCCGAUGACAAGAGUGAGCUCGACAUGAUGGAAGGGGACCACACCGUGAUGUCAAAUAGCUCUGUCAUCCAUGUAAAGCCUGAGGAAGAAAAUUACAGAGAAGAGUCUGAUUCUAGAACAAGGACAUCAGAACCACAGUCUCCACCCCAAGUAUCUCGCCACAAGUCACAUUACCGUAAUCGAGAGCACUUUGCUACUAUACGUACAGCAUCACUGGUGACAAGGCAAAUGCAGGAACAUGAACAAGACUCUGAGCUCCGAGAACAGAUGUCUGGCUAUAAACGCAUGAGACGGCAGCACCAGAAACAGCUGAUGGCACUGGAGAACAAACUGAAGGCAGAGAUGGAUGAGCAUCGCCUCAGGUUGGACAAAGAUCUUGAAACGCAGCGCAAUAACUUCGCUGCAGAAAUGGAAAAGCUAAUUAAAAAACACCAAGCAGCCAUGGAGAAGGAGGCUAAAGUGAUGGCCAAUGAAGAAAAGAAAUUUCAACAACAUAUUCAGGCCCAGCAAAAGAAAGAACUGAACAGCUUCCUGGAGUCCCAGAAGAGAGAAUACAAGCUCCGUAAAGAACAGCUCAAAGAGGAGCUGAAUGAAAACCAGAGCACUCCAAAGAAGGAGAAGCAGGAGUGGCUCUCCAAACAGAAGGAGAACAUUCAGCAUUUCCAGGCAGAGGAGGAAGCCAACUUGCUGCGGCGCCAGAGACAGUAUUUGGAGCUGGAGUGCCGCCGCUUUAAGAGAAGAAUGCUUCUCGGGCGCCAUAACCUGGAACAGGACUUAGUUCGGGAGGAGUUAAAUAAAAGGCAGACACAGAAGGAUCUGGAGCACGCCAUGUUGCUGCGACAGCAUGAGUCUAUGCAAGAACUGGAGUUCCGCCAUCUCAAUACCAUCCAGAAGAUGCGUUGCGAGCUGAUCAGGCUUCAGCACCAAACUGAGCUCACAAACCAGCUGGAAUACAACAAGCGACGAGAGCGUGAGCUAAGGCGUAAGCAUGUCAUGGAAGUUCGACAGCAGCCUAAGAGUCUGAAGUCUAAAGAACUACAGAUAAAGAAGCAGUUUCAGGACACGUGUAAGAUCCAAACCAGACAGUACAAAGCACUGAGAAACCACCUGCUGGAGACCACACCAAAGAGUGAACACAAAGCUGUCCUAAAACGGCUCAAGGAAGAGCAGACCCGGAAACUGGCCAUCCUAGCUGAGCAGUACGAUCACAGCAUCAAUGAAAUGCUCUCAACACAAGCUCUGCGUCUGGACGAGGCACAAGAAGUGGAGUGCCAGGGGUUGAAGAUGCAGCUGCAGCAAGAGCUGGAGCUGCUGAAUGCGUAUCAGAGUAAAAUCAAAAUGCAGGCUGAGGCCCAGCACGAUCGGGAGUUGCGUGACCUGGAGCAGAGGGUGUCCCUUCGCAGGGCCCUCCUGGAGCAGAAGAUUGAGGAGGAGAUGCUGGCAUUGCAGAAUGAGCGCACCGAACGGAUACGAAGCCUGCUGGAGCGUCAAGCCCGCGAGAUUGAAGCCUUUGAUUCAGAAAGCAUGAGGCUAGGUUUCAGUAACAUGGUUCUGUCUAAUCUCUCCCCCGAGGCGUUCAGCCACAGCUACCCGGGAGCUUCUGGCUGGUCCCACAAUCCUACUGGGGGUGCGGGACCUCACUGGGGUCAUCCCAUGGGUGGCCCACCACAAGCUUGGGGCCAUCCAAUGCAAGGUGGACCCCAGCCAUGGGGUCACCCCUCAGGGCCCAUGCAAGGGGUACCUCGAGGUAGUGCUAUAGGGGUCCGCAACAGCCCCCAGGCUCUGAGGCGGACUGCUUCUGGGGGACGGACGGAGCAGGGCAUGAGCAGGAGCACAAGUGUUACUUCACAAAUAUCCAAUGGUUCACACAUGUCUUAUACAUAACUUAAACAGGAACUGCGGGUGGCAAUUCCACCAGAGCUGUCUGCCAACAGAAACUGCCUACAGAUGCGUCCCAGCAGCCUCCUCAGUGUGGGACUGCAGCGUGAUGCUGGGUGACCAUGGAGUAUUGUAUUCAUUUUGUAAAGCGCUCUGUUUUGUGUCUACUAACUGGGAUGUCAUAGUAUUUGGCUGCAGGGUUUGUUUUUUUAAUUUUUAUGUUUUGGGGGGGCCUGGGGAGGGGAUCUAAGACAUAUAUGCAACUAGUCAGAGAAGUUGGCUGUUGGUUAUGGCAUUGAAGCUGCACAAGGGCUCAGACUGCUUUAACCCCCCGCUCCCUACAGAGUGGUGGGAAGAGUUCAAACCUUCGCUAAUGUCCAAACUUCUUACCAGCCACCUGAGCAGACCAGGUGGGCUGCAAAUAAGUCACUAUCUGGCAGAGGAGCAGCUGUGUUUUCUGCCCAUUGUUUAUCAUGAAAUUGGCCACAUUUCAAGGUGUAGCCUCAGGAAGAGAGGAAUUAAAGGAACUGUAGGUGAGGUAGAGGGGCAAGAGGAAAGGCUUUGCUUGCUGAGAUGACAGGGAUCAACACAGACCCUUGCCACCCGAGUGCGCACACUCUAUUGCACUAAGAGUUGAGCUUUCUCCAAGGGCAUAGGGCAGCUUCCUGGGCACCACACUGGUAGAUGUGUGUGCAGGGGGAGGGCUGGAAAUGUUUAAAAUCCAGCUUAGCAUCUUUGCACUCCCCUGGCUGUGCUGGUGGCAGGGGUGUCAUGCUUUGGAGGAGGUUGGGAAGAAGAGCAUAAAUAAUAAAAGAGCGCUUGAAUGGCUAAUACUGUGACAUCUCACCUUAGCUAAGCAUCAGAAUAAUUCUUGGAGCCCUAAAUAGUUCUUUUGCUCUGUUCUUCAGAAACCUUGGACUUACAGCCAAUCAAUCUGAAAUGCCAGAGGUAUUUUGAAAGAUGCCAUAGUCACAAAAUGCCAUUGACCGGGGUUUUCAUUACUGCGUUACAUACACCAAUUUAUUACCUUUUGGCUUGUUGCAAUUUCCUGUUUACAUGUUGAGUGUAGCCAACUGUUUCAAUGUUUAGUUGCCAUAGUGUACCAGGAGGAGCUGAGCCAAUGACUCUUUACCAGCUGCUGACUAACCUACAUCACCACUGUAGGUCUUGCUGCAUGUGAGGCUCCUUUGUAUUAUUUUGGUUGCCGCAGUACUUUACAACUUUACAGGCCAUUGAGACUUUGUGAUCAUUUGGUAGCAUGUCACACCACAUGUAGGAAGCACUAUUUCCAGAUGGCUCUUAUCAGAGCUGCUGUACUACUGAAAGGGAGCAAAAGAUGUUGGGGAGUAAAUUAAAAAAAAUUUAAUUAAAAAGGUCAGGGAGUCUGAAAAUAAAUGGAAUGAUUUUUGUGGCUACGUCUCAACCCUUAAUGCUGGAAGUGGGAAGUGUUGUAAAAGACUAGUACCAGUGGUGGGGAGUUCUGGGCAGGUCAGCUCCAUGAUAUUCAGAUGAGAAUAGGUAGAUUAAGCUUGGUUUGAGGUAAAGAUUUUCUUCCUGGGGACAGACCAGCCAGAGUUCUUUGUAAAUUACUUUCCUUGCACACUAAUCAUCUUGAAGAAAACACUAGCUGCUAACUCUAGGAUUUGCGUUUAACAUGUUCAUAGGGCUCACAAGAAUGUUUGUCCAUGUGACAUAUUUAUAUAGAAAUACUCCAGUGUCUCACUGCUGUUCAGUUUUCUCAACAGUGUGACAUUCUUUUGUUAACUAAAUUAAAAUCCACUCCAGAUCCUUAACUCUUAGCCAAUGUCUGGUGAAUCCAAACUUCAGGAUUUCCAGUGUCUCGGUAUAUCAUAUCACUCAGAACAAAGAUAAACAUGAUACCAAAAUACAUUUGAUUUACCCUUUGGCACGGCCUGGUAGUAUUAACCGUGUUCACAGAAGUUUGGGAUGAGGUGGUGGAGCCGCUGGGGAAUACGCCGGUUGGUUAUCCUGUAGGACAGGUAUGUUUGGGACAAAGAUGAACUCUCUGACUCCUUAUUCCCCUUGAGACACAUCUCUGUGUGGGAUGGAUGUUUUCUCUUCUAGCUGUUCUUUUGCAUUAAAAUGUUCAAAUGAAAUUAAGGAAAAUCACCUUCAUUUUCCUGUUUUAAGAAAAAAAAAUCAAAAGCCAAACACCUAUGUUGGACCUUACCACCUUGGAGGGUGUAUCCACAGCAUGGUGCUAAUAUGCAAUGUUUAGGGGUUCUCACCCCCUCAUAAUCCCAGACAGUAGCAGUGAUGGGCACUGUACUUUAAAAUUCAGGAGUUUCAUUCUUUUGCUUCUGUUAUGCUUUGAAUUUGGCCAAAGUCUCUGGCUUAAAUUGAGCUAAUUCAAGAAGAGUUCCCUCAAACCAUCUAUUUGUGUAAUGUAAAGCAUAAUUAAAUGCUGGACCCAAAUGAUGUCUAUCACAUAUUGGCUUUUUUGUGUCCAAAGGAAUUAUGUAGUAACCAUUUUUACAUGUAUAUCAUGUGCAGACCUGGACUAUUCCAAUGAGUUAAUAUUUUAAUUAAAAUAGUUUGCAAAAACUGAUUCAGAUCAACUGGUAUAAAUGUGUGUGUCUCUGUGUGUACAUGUGGGGAACAGAAGUUACCUUCCGAAUGAGUUUGAUCUCAAGAGAUGUUUCCCAAUUACUCAGUUGUUGUAAUCUGUGGGAAUUGCUUCAUAUUGUGUAGUGGAGGUAUAUGAGGAGGUAAAUUAGUGUAUAUAUAAUGUAUAUGUUAUAGAUAUCAUAUAUCUCGCAUUCAAAGCUUUGUGACAUAUAUGUAUAAACAUAGAAUCAAAAUAUUCCAGAGACGCAAACACUUUCUGAAUCAGUUUGCAAACUCCAUUUUAAAAAAAUUAAAACUAAGUACUUCACACUGUACUGUACUCUCUCACUCGUGCUGCCACGCUGUACUGAACCCUCCUUCCCACCCUCUCACGCCGCCGCGCUGUACUGAACCCUCCCACUCACGCUGCCGCGCUGUACUGUACCCUCCCUCCCACCCACCCUCUCAUGCCGCCACGCUGUACUGUACCCUCCCUCUCACACACCGUGGUCUACUGAAACCUCCCUCCCUCCCUCCCACUCAUGCCACCGCGCUGUACUGUACCCUCCUUCCCACUCACGUCCCAACCAGGGCUUUAAAAAUACUGUUGUUUGUAAAUUGUGGAAACUACUCCCAGUGUCUCAGCAAGAUGAUAGUUUUCCAUCUUCUAUGUGAGGAUUAACACUGGGAAAAUGUCUGUGUAUAUUACUUUACAAUUUUUAUGACAGUAUUUUAAAAUACUGGUGCCAGCUUGACAUCUACAGUAUAUUAUUCUGUGUGUUUGUUUUUUUCCCCUUUGCAGAGACCUUAAACUCUGCUUACAUUUUAGUCCAGAGGUGCAAUAGCAGGAGAGUUGGCAUUUUUCACCUCUUUAAUCUUAUUAGACUUGUUUUGGUUUUGUUAAUUAAAAUCAGUUCAAGGGACCAUUGUUUGUUGUGGUGUCUAGAAAAUAGAGGCCACCUCUCCCGUUCCCAUUGAAUGUUGUGCACUUAAUUCCUUGGACACAACACUGGAACUUUCACCUGCAUUCAGUCUAACCUGUAAACUACAAAGGGGUUGAAAACCAAACACGGGACUGUGCAGUAACAAAGCAUUGAAUGGGGAAGUCCCCGUGGACAUUUCUUAUCUACAAGUCCUGCCUUGGGGCAGACUAGAGCUGCUGUACUUUCAGUACAUCCUCAGUUCGUUGUCAGUACAGUGCACAGAGUACAUGAUGGUGGAUACUGGAAUAAUACUGAUUAUUAUCACAAAGGGGAAAAUGGCCUGUUGAACUCAAAACCUUGAUCCUGUCCACUCUUCAUUGGCGAAAAUAAAUUGUAUUAUAUCAGUACCUACUGUUACUCUGUUAAAUACGCACAUCUCUCUGGAGAGAGAUCUUAUGGUAUCUCAUUUGUAUAUAUUUAUAUACUCUGUGUGUGUGCACACAACUCAUGCUGUGCAUUUCUGUCAGGGCACUUAGCAGUGCCUCAGCUGAUAAGCUGACAGGACAAUUUGUGCAGUAGGGCUGUGUUAGGGGGAGGAUGUGAGCAGAAGUGCACAAGGGUUGAAAGGAGUGAGCAAGCCCUGGUUUAAAUCCUGCCCUGUGUUUUGCAGGCUGUUGGAAGGUUCUGUAGCUGCUGCGGGCAUGUGAAAGGAGGGACGAGCGCUCAUGAAGGGUAUAGCACAGUUAGAAGGCAGCGCAGAAAGCAAGGUUGCGUAGCACUAUGGAAGAGGCGUGGGGAGCUACUGGUGCUGUUUGCCAUAUGCUUGGAAUCAGUGUGCUGGGAGGAAAGGCAGUGGUACAUAAGAGUGAAAUGCUCCGCAGUCUGAGCUAAGAAUCCCUAGGAGUGGUUCAUCUCAAAAGAUCACAAACCCCAUAUAGUCUUCAUUAACCUUCUAUAUUUCUGGUUCAGCUGCCACUAACUAUAAACACUGCUCUCUGCACCUUUGUUGUUGUUCCCUGUGCAUUAAGCUAAGGCCAAAACAUAAGAUAAAACUGUGAAGUUACUUCUUAUUAGCUCCAUUCUUUAUCCUCCCCACCCAUUCCUUCCAGAGCUUGGGCACGUGUCUCUAAGUCUGGUUCCCCACCACCAGUGAACACUGUGAUGGGAACAGCAUCAUUUUCUUCCUUGAUGCCAGUUCUGUGUGCCCACAUAAUGCUGCAGGCUUCUGAAUGAUGGGGUACAAGCUGGACAGAAUCAGCCCUUAGAACCUGAUUUUCUAGGCUUGGAAACCUUCUGCAGAUUCCUGGCAUCUCUCUUCCCCACCCCAUCCACCCUUGGAUAGCAGUGAGGCUUCUGGCAGUUUGGGGAGAGGUGGUCUGUUCCUGCAUGUGUUGGGUCAGAGUUGCUCAUAUGAAGGACAUCUCCUUUGUUAGUGGGGGGUUUUCCUGCAGUCUCAGACCUCGCUAGCGUAACAGCAUGCCAUGCAUAAGGUGUGUCUUCCUCUUGGUGUGUGUGGAUACUCAUGGCAGUGGUGUGUACAUACCAAAGGGAAGCCCCCAAACACCUGUUCUUGUGGAUUAUAGUUACUCUCAGUAAUGUGGUUCCUUUGAAAGCAGGUUUGUAACUUUUCUUUUUCAGCGUCUCCUCCAAGCUUUUGGUUUCCCUAAACUGUCAGCAGGAGUGUCUGUUCUUUUAAAACUGUCUAUGCUCCUGGUUUAAAAACCAUGGGACGGUUCCAGCCCCGCACUCCCCUGGACUCCAGUCAGAUUGUGAGCUUAGAAGUGGGUUUUGUGUCCUUAAGAAAGGUUGGUGCCUGUAGCAAGAACUUGGGAUUGAUGUAUGUCUUGCUGUGUUCGUUUGAGUUUGCACUGUCAGGAUUCAUUUCCGUAAGAGCCAGUGGAGAAAUGUUUGUGAGACUGUGCUUAGGUGUGCAGGGGGCUGUCAGAUCUGGGAAGAAGCCAGCUGACUUAAUGGUUUUAUUAAAACAUUACUCCAAAAGAUAGACAGACACAGAUAACGCUGAUUCCUGUUGUGUAACAGAACUCAACCAGUUGGGCCUGUCAGGGCCACUCACAUGCCUGGGAUACCCCAUUCCCAACCCUUGGCUAAUGCUGGAGGAAGAAAGCCUGGCUCAGCUAGAGAGGGCUGGGUAAAUAACGCAUACAGCAGCAACAAACAAGCAGCUGGCCCAAGCUGUGGGCCUCUGAAUGCUUGUGCUUUUGGAGCUACAUUUACCCACCUAUCUGCCAUCUAACCAUGUUCUGUAAAUCCAGGAUUAGCCCCGCUGAAUACACACACUUAGCCUGCAAGUCUGGAGGUGGUCUGCCAACGAGAGAUGGGAGUUACCACCACACAAUGUGCACAAAAUCAGGGGUAUCUUCUGUCCCCUGACUUACCGCUCCUGGUACGGGUACCUCAGAACAUGCACCGUUCGCAUUUUCACUGGCAGUUGGUUUAAUGAUUGUGAGUGAAAAUAUUGUAAUUAUCUGUAAAUAUGUAGUUAACAAAUUGACCUAGUUCCUGUAUUUUUUAAGUUUUUGUACUAAAGUUUAUAGAUACAGUAUGUGCCAACUAGAGAGGAGCUACUGUCAUUGCCAGCUGUAGCCCAGCCUGCAUCUAACCCCUUAAAUUGCCUGUGUGACACUAAGGAUUCAUGCUGUAAUAUUGUAAGGGCUGGGGGGAGAUAAGGGAGAAUAAUGACUUAAUUUGUUGUCCAGGUGGAAAUGCUUCUGGAACUAACAAACCAUGAUUGAUCCAUAUCUUUUAUAUUCACCAUUUAAGUUGGGUCCCCUGGGUUUUAGAUGCGUGUAUGCAAAACCUCUGCCCUUUCAGUCUAAAUGCAAAGUGCGAUGAUGUGGACAGUGCAAAGGAUAGAAGUGUUGGCUUGGAGCUUUUUCUGGGGCUGAAACUCACAUAAACCAAGUCCAAUUUCUCGCUGUCCCUUUCAGCAGCACCCUUUUCUCUUACUUACGGAAUUGUACAGAAAAUACAUAUUCCCCACCACCUCCCGAAAGUGUUUGAUGUCAGGAUAAUCUAAAGAGCAUGUAACCAUUGGAGAAGAAAUUAAUUUUAUGAAGCUCGUUGCCUGCUUUAGUGCCAGUAUAACACAUUUCUAUGGCAACUCUGAGCUCAGCAGAGUUUGUAAAUGAGCACACAGUUGUUAAUGAACUGAAGUAUGUAAUCGCUGCUUUUGCAUGGCUUGGCAGCAGUGUUAGACUAGGGCCACCUGAAAGCAUUGGAGGCAAAUUCUUGAUUGGAAAUGGUCAUUUGCUUAAGUUUCCCUUGACUAAAUGCAUAGGCAAGGCAUGGUGUGUGCUCCUAGAAAUUGCAUGCGGUCAAGGAAUGGAGAAUGCAGGGAUGGGGGACAGUUUCUGCUAUUGAGCAGCUCUCCUUGCAGACUGGUGGGUGUACUCCCACUGCCUUGCUUGCAGAUGCUUAUGUGGGUUGAAAUGUAGGCUACAGCUUGCUUGCAUUGUAGUUUUUGUUUUCAACACUCAUUACUAAAUUAGAGAGUCUUUUCCCUUGGAUUGCAUAUGAAUGAAAUAAUCUCACACACCUCACUUAUCCCACCUUCACUGAAUAUCUCAUGGCGUAGGGAAAUCUGCAACCCUGGAAUAGCUCUGAGAGCUAGAGGUCUACAAGAAAGAGGGUUCAUGACCACUAGAGAGACCAGUCAUUGGAAGAUGUUUAAGUUUCCCCGGAGGCUGUUGGGAUGUGAAAUCUUCAAGACACUGACAGGAUCAAGGAAGGCAGGAAAUGCAGAGAUGGAGAGGCAUGGAUGGUGGUGUGGUUUCUGCACUCAAAAUCCACCUGCUUCCUUUCCUUCAACCUUCCUUUUUCUCCUAACCCCUCUCAGCUCUCACCCAGCUUGCUUUAGAAGAUGGAUACUUUAUCUGAUCAAACCAACGUCAAAUGGGGGGUGGGUCUGAUGUAAAUAAAUUAACACUAACAAUCAACAAUACAGUGCAUACUACAUAAACAAAAGGCUAUACCGACUGAAAUUGUAAAUGCCUGAAGUUUUUAUUAACACUUGGGUUGCUACUAAAAUUCCUAUUUGUUAUUCCAUGGAAAUCAUUAACCCAUUUAAAAACUUAAGGCGAAUAGUUAUGAAAUGCCGGAUUGCCAGGAGGACUUUAGCUGUCAGAGCCCCCUUGGUUUCGUACACAAGAGACGUAGCACAACUUGCAUUAAGAAGGUAGGAGAAGGUUGUGUGAGGUGUGUAUAGUGUAUAUUUUUAAAAUAGCUUGCUUGUAUUGUGAAGACUUUAAAAACAACUUGAGAAUUCUAACGUAAUUAUUAAACAAAAUUUAACAUAAGUUAUCCCACUGGGUUCGGAGCGUCUUGAAUGUAUAAUCUUUUUGUAACCCAGAACGAUUUAUUCUUCUACCCAGUCAGCAAGAUAUCUUAUUUAUAUGUUUAAAUUUGUAUAUCAAUUUUUCUUUUGUUUUCAUGAUUUCCAGCAUGCGUCUGUUUGGUUGUUGCACAAGUAUUGUGUAAACUAAAAGAAAUUUUAACUUGAACCUGGCAUUUUUACUUUCUUGGAUAUUCUUCCUCCACACUUUUUGGGUGAACCUGGGGGGGUGUAUUUUCCAUUUGCAGCUUCCAGGUGAAUGCCUGGUCUUUUGCCCGUUGUCUAAAAAUGCUUCACUGUCAGUUGCUUUAAAAGAAAAUAAAAAUGUCACCUUAUCAGUUCUAGGUAACGCAUGGGGAGGAGGGCAAGUGCACACCUGUAGCAGCACAAAUCUGGCUUUGGUUGCAAAACAAAGACAAAGCUUGGCUUUAACUAGAUAGCUGCAGAGCUACCCUAAGUCCCUCAUGUUCUCGCCACAGCCCUGACACAGGCACAGCUGCCAUGACCUGCGGUGGGAACUCUGCUGGCUUGAGGACUGCAGUGGGUAGCCAGGUUCCCACAAUGGUAGUGGGAGUUAAAAUAACUGUUCAUUUCGACUGCCACCUGUGGGGUCAUUGUUACACCCCUUGCUGUGUGCCUGCUAACGUGCGAGUGGGGAGAGGGAUGCUCAGACACCAAUUAAUGUGUUUGCUCCCCUCCUCCCCCUCUCCCCCAACUGUUUCCCUAACAACUUUCAGGUCGUGACCAAAGAACUCUCCCAAGGCCCCAGCCUCUGUCCUUGGCCAGUAGAGGGCUCGUUCAUUCUGGGGCAUCGGGAGUGGAGAUGUAAACGUGGCUUUAACAAAGCAAGGCCAGGAGCCGGGCAUCACUUUAUCGUGGGUGGUGCUGCCGCAUGCCAUUAUACUGAACAGAGGCCUGAGACUUCCAGGCCCAAUUCCUACAGGGAUGGAUUACCAAGGGUUAAAACAGGGUGUUUCUGUUUUGCACCAGCUGGGAUGGGUGAGUCUACAGGUGUGCAUUUUCCUUUUGGUAGAAAAUGCCACAAUCACUAACUGAUAAGGCUUAUUGUACAGUAUAUUGUCAGUAUUCUGGUAUCCUUCUGGUUCAACAUACAUUAGCGCUCAUAUAUAACCUGUAUUAAUUGUAUAGAUUGUGCAUUUAAAGCUGUUACCAAGUUGUCAGAAAAUAAGAGAAGAGAAAAUAAGGUCGUAUGUAAUAUUUUGUUUGUAAGUAUCCUUUGUAACAGAGCAAAGGAAAUGUUAAAAAAUCAACUGUAAUAAAGUAAUUUUAGUACA